AUGGAAGACAUGGAAAAUGAGAAUAAAACGCUCCGUGACCAAAUGAAGGAACAUCAGGAGAGGGUUGAUAAAAUACCGGGUGCUCCGAAGCUAUUACCAAAAUGCGACGUGGGCCGAUACGUCGAACAGCCAUACAGCGAAGGGGAUGCUCCUCAUCCUAUUCCAAAGACCUUCAAGAUGCCACCAUACUUAAAAAUAUAUGACGGGACCACGGACCCGGAGGAUCACCUAAUCCACUAUGUUACUACAGUAAAGGGAAAUGAUCUAUCAAAAGUACAUGUACCGUCUAUGUUGUUAAAGAAGUUCGGCAAAACUCUGACAAGGGGAGCAUUGACAUGGUACUCCCAGCUACCUGCGCGAUUAAUAUCGACGUUCGAAGAGAUGGCAGAUAAGUUCGCCACCGCCCAUGCAGAAGCGAAGAAGGCCGAAGCUAGGGUCACUGAUAUCUUCGUCGUCAGGCAAACGACGGGCGAGGGACUUCGGGAUUUCCUGGCCCAAUUCAACAGAGUAAGGAUGAGUCUGUCGAACGUGUUAGAAGGGAUGGCAGUAGCAGCCUUUCAGAACGGGUUAAACAGGAACGGAUCAAAGGCGACCAAACAACUGCUCUGUAGACUCAUGAAGUACCCCCUACCACAUAGGAAGAAAUCCACAAUGCCUACUGUGCCUAGAGAUAGUGUACGCACUAGAGAAGCUGGGCAUGAAGGUACAGUGGCCGCAAAAAUGAAAUCGGACCCAAGCACCAGGAGGUCCAACGUCCUUUGCAAAUUCCACCAAGAAACAGGACAUAAGACCGAGGAUUGCAUAGGUCUGUGGCAAAAAGUAGUUAGGAUGUUGAACCAAAGGUACCUGAAAGAACUGCUGAAUGAUAAAGGAAGAGCCAACUUCGCUCGAGGACGCGACCCAUCUCAAGGACCUUCAAAGCCACCAUCAUCGGCACGAACCAUACAAAUGAUCAUUGGCGACGGCGAUGAUAUGAUGUAA